AGAUGGAAAGGGUUUACGUUCUUGAGAGGCAGUGUGUUUUCGUUGUCGCUCCCGUUCAAACAUGUGAUUUUUUUUUUAAAUUGUAGUUUUAAGAUUGAAGACAUUUAGUUAUAUGUUAAGAUGUCGCGCUACUAUUCUUCAGAUCCUGAAGCGUUGGAGCACAAGAAACCUAGCGCCUGUGCGAACUUCCUCAGGUACACAUGGAAAACCAUCACAUGUCUCUUCUCGCACAUCACCCUAGUUUCCAUGGUCGUUUCAUACUGCAUCCUCGGAGCAGUCACCUUUCAAACACUUGAAGAAGAAAAUGAAAAAGAGGUGAAGAGGAACAUUGGUAAAAUGCGUGGAAUGAUCACGGACAAACUGUGGAAUUUGACGACCGUGGAUUCGCCGGUGCUCAUCGAGGAGAACUUUACUCGGGAUGUGAUACAGAGGCUGAAGGAUUUCGAGUCGGGACUGCUGAAAGCCAUCACGAAAGACGGAUGGGACGGAGACGAAAACACGGACAACGUGCAAUGGAGCCUGGCCGGAGCACUCUUCUAUUCCAUCAUUGUCAUCACGACAAUAGGAUACGGACAUAUCGCGCCGAAGACGACCUGGGGCAAAGUCGUUACGAUCUUUUACGCGAUUCUGGGUAUUCCCUUGAUGCUUCUAUGCUUAUCAAAUAUCGGUGAUAUUAUGGCCACUUCGUUCAGGUUUUUAUACUGGAAAGUCUGCUGUUACGUGUGCACGAAGAAACCUAAACGGCACAAGCGGGGGAUGUCUCAAAUUCCUAGAAGGCCUACGAUGCGACUUCAAGGUAGGAAUACCAGAUCGAGAACUUCAUCCUUCAAGAGAUCGUUAAGGACAUCUACGAGAUCAGCGGAUAGCGGAUUCGCUUUCUCCGACGUGGGACCUUCGUCGCAUUCAGAUACAGAACUUAGAUUUCAUGAAGAUCAUCCUGUAUCCAAAAGAGGACAAAGUCUUCCUCGAAUGCAACCAUCUCAACGCUCCAGAUUCUCCGACGAAGGUCCACCUGUGCGCAGACCAAGUCCGAAUGCGCGUGGUAACAACCCUCAACGCGGAGGUUCCUUGGAUCGUAGAAGAGCUCCGAAGGUCUUCGAUAUUGACCCUUCGGCUCUUGCAAAAGCUCCGGUUUACUGCAAUAGAUACGUCAUGGAUAAAGCGGAUUUAGUUGGAAAUCACGUCCCAGGGAUUACUUAUAAUGAGAGACCUGCAAGGAAUGCUUCGCCUCCGCUGCAAGGUAGAAGAGCUCUCUCGAUGCCCAGAUCGCAGCACUACCUGGAACCACCUAGAGAUCCAUCACCAUCGUCUUCUUCGAUUCGGGACGACGAUCAGAGCAAACAGCAAAGAAGGAGGAAGAAUUACAACCCGAGUCCGCGGAUCAUGAGUCCUAUGGGUUACGGACAUCGGAGCAAGUACCUGGACGAUCCGGGAUCUGAUGAUGAGUACUUCUACGAGGAAGGAAGCUUCGACACGGGAAGAGUGAGGAUCAAACCGGUGCCGAUUUGGUUGUGCGUUUUCCUGGUGAUCAGCUACAUCUUCGCCGGUAUGUUCCUCUUCACGUUUUGGGAAGGAUGGGAUUACCUGGAUUCAGCUUACUUCUGCUUCAUCACGCUGACAACUAUCGGAUUCGGAGAUUUCGUACCUGCGAAUCGUGUUAAGAAGGAGAAGUUUAAAGAAAAUAUUGCAUAUUGCUCUUUGUAUUUGUUGUUUGGAAUUUCGCUGCUCGCUAUGAGCUUCAAUUUGGUGCAGGAGGAGGUUAUAGCGAAUGUGAAGAGGGUGGCCAAAACGUUGGGAAUCAUCAAGGGAGAUGAGGAUGAUGAUGAGGACGAUGAUUGAUCCACGUUCGAUGUACUUUAAUUAGUCUUAGGUGUUGUCGAUUUUAGCGCGUUUUACGUAUUGUCCAUUAUGUGUUCGGCAAUUAAUCAUGUUGCGAUUAUUAAUCACUCGAUCAUGCUCUGGUUGAGUAGGCGUCGGAGGAGGAGGAUGAGGUGGGACAGGAGGAGGCUAUGGAAGUGGAGGACGAGAAGGACGACAUCCAAACAUUACACGGAUUUAUCACCUGUUACGUUCACGUGCGCUCACCAAAUUUACGUAAAUCCAUCACAAUGGGCGACAUCCUGCUGCUGCCCAAAAGGCCUCCGCCUCUCACUCUCCCUCAUAAUUUUAUCACUCCCAAAUUAUGUACUAACGUCCUUGUCACGUUUAAACCCUUGUGUUCUUUUUCAAAAUAAAUUAA